AUGGCCAGUCAGUCCCAGGGUAUCCAGCAGCUCCUGCAAGCUGAGAAGCGGGCGGCUGAGAAGGUGGCAGAUGCCAGAAAGAGGAAGGCCCGGCGUCUGAAGCAGGCAAAGGAGGAGGCACAGAUGGAAGUGGAGCAGUACCGCAGAGAGCGAGAGCAGGAAUUCCAGAGCAAGCAGCAGGCGGCCAUGGGCUCCCAGGGGAACCUGUCGGCUGAGGUGGAGCAGGCUACAAGGCGCCAGGUGCAAGGCAUGCAGAGCUCACAGCAGAGAAACCGUGAACGUGUCCUGGCCCAGCUUCUUGGCAUGGUCUGUGACGUGAGGGCCCAGGUCCACCCCAACUACCGGAUUGCUGCCUAGGACCCAUCGUAGGGCCUGACUCCUCCUGCCGGUUCCCUCCGUUAAAGAAAUCCCCAAGUCAAAAUCACCUCUCACCAUCAUCCUUCUCUCCUUUCCAUUCCCUACAAAUUCUAAGAGGUAGGAUCCAAUAAUUCUCCUGUGAAAUUUAUGAAUAUCUUGCUCAGACCUGAAUCUCCUUAUUGUUCUUUAACCUUCACUGGGAACUUGUAAACUCUCAAGUCCCCCUCACCCAACCACUCUGUGAAAUUUGUAGCAUGGAGAAAGAAGUAGGGAUGUGGAAAACAGCCUGACUUCAGAGCCUGGCAGUCUGGGGUACCUCUCCUGACCCUGCCACUUGCUGGCUGUGCAACCAGGACAAGCUACUUAACCUGUGGCCUCAGUGUCCUCCUCUACAAGACUGGAAUAAUAAUAAUAAUACCUAGGGGUUGUUGCAAUGAUUAGGAAUCAUUCUUUAAAGAGCCUAGCAUCGUGGGGCUUCCCCCGUGGCUGAGUGGUUAAGUUUGCGCACUAUGCUUC